GCUGACCACACUUUCGAAGUGUCAUGCCCCGAUGCAAUGUGGCCGAGUACCCUGGGCGACAAGAGCCGUCGAUGACCGCGGAAGAAGUGUCGAGCACGGCACAUGCCGAAAGCGUCCAACUCCUCGAGCGAAGCAGUUUCAGCGAUUCGCACGCUUCCAUUGCUGGCCCUUCACCGGGCGAGACAGGUGGCAACGACCCUCCAUCCACGACAUCCGACCAAGCGCUUGCUCGCGCUUUGCAUCAAGAGCUCAACAAUCCCCUUGGGUUUGUCGUCGCACAGCCUGUCUUUGACACCCCAUUCAACUGCGGAUCGUGCGGCACGACGCAUCAGGUUCGUGGAGCUACGCCAGGCUCUCAAUUUCAAUGCUCUGUGUGCGGGUCAUUGAACUUGUUGCCACCCGCCCCCACUCCACUUGUUAUGGUUGAACGCACGCCUUAUCCACUCGUUUGUAACUUGCAAUGAUAACUUUAUCUUAAUGCUUUUGUUGGAUGAGGGCUUGGACGCGGUCUACUGGCACGUGGUCAACUUGCAUCGUUGGUCGAUACAGCACUUCGACCAGUCCUUCCGUGGCAAACCGCUUUCCAAACACCACGCGCCAUGUGUACCCAAUGAGCUCUGCUUCGGUCAGCUUCAACCCAGGCCGUUCGCCCCAUCUAUCGUCCAGCACGACAUCGUCGGGCCACACUGACGCCAACGUGCUAGCCAUGGCCCUGGCAGCAACAGCAACAUCAUCGUCUGCUUUCUUGGCGAAACCUACGACAACCACACGAUAUGGCACGAUCGCUUGUGGCCACACGAUCCCAUGCGAGUCGUGGAGGCUUUCCACGGCCGCCGCGAGAAGGCGGGUGACACCCAUGCCGUAGCAGCCCAUCACCAUGGGUUGGGAAUGAUUCGACGAAUCGAUAAAGUUUGCACCAAGGGUUUUGGAGUACUUGUCGCCCAAGUAAAACACAUGCCUACAUCAUGUCAGCAACCUACUGGAGCGACCAUGAUGCACGCACCCGACUUCAAUCCCUCGUUUCGCAGCUAGAACUCCUUCCGCACAGUUGGGGCAUCCGUCGUGCUCCUUGGCCUGGCGAAAUUCGCCCACGAUGGCCGUCGCGGGCGCUCCAUGGACAGCCACGGCGGAAUCGAUAAAGUAUUGCACGGGCAACGAGGAAUCGAUGGAAGCGGCCGAGCAGGGCGUCAAGUUGUCGACCUCGACGGAAUGCGCCUUCAAAGCAAGAACAUUCACUUCUCGACCUGCCGGGGUCAAAAUGGCCACCACGCGUGUUGAAGAUCCCAAUGCUUCGUGGUAGUACGAAAUGACCACAGAGUCGGCGAUUUGGUCGACAACAUCGGCAAAGGUCGCGGGUUGGGUCGGCGAGUCCCGGACAACACCGCGGGCCUUCUCCACAUUGGCAGCAUAGUCGCAAGUGCCGCAUGACAGAAUCGCAUCUUCACCGAAUCCAGACAGUACGUGGAACUCGUGCGACAAACUUCCGCCGAUGUUGCCCGUGUCUGCUUCGACUUGGGCAAUGGGUACGUCGAGUUCGUUCAAAAUGGCGUGGUAAGCCUGAACCAUCAAGUUGUACGUGACCUCAGCACCCUCUCGGUCCACGUCGAACGUGUAUGCGUCUUUCAUAAUGAAUUCUUUCGCACGCAGCAAGCCAAAUCGAGGUCGGAUUUCAUCGCGAAACUUGCGGCCAAUUUGGUACAGCCGCAGGGGGAGAGCUUUUGGGGACGUGACGGUGGACGCGACCAGAGACGUGAACACUUCUUCGUGGGUAGGUCCAAGGCAGUGCGCGACGUCGCGUCGGUCAUGGACGCGGAAGAGCUCAGGGCCGCUGGAUUCCCACCGUCCCGUUUCCUUCCACAGUUCGUUGUGAAGUAGGUUCGGCAUGCUCAGCUUGGAGCACCCAAUCGCAUGCAUGUGGUUGUCGAUGAUAGCCUCCAACUUCGCCAGCGACCGCAGUGCCAAUGGAAGCAUCAUGUAGAUCCCAUUCGACGAUUUGCGCAUGAAUCCUGCACGUAGGAGCAACUGGUGACUCGGAAUGGCCGCAUCCGCCGGUACUUCUUUCGUGGUCGGGAUGAAGAUCGAACUUCGCAAGGCGUAUGGAGACGCUGACGACAUCUGACGACGCACAUGAUCCAACGACGGGCGGCCCAGCGCCACUCGUCGCGGUGCAGUCGCGAUCGACCGCCACAUUUUUUGAAGCCGAUGAAUUUCC